AACGCGCGGGAUUGUACUAGUUUGCGCGUGCGCAGAAAUGUAGUGCGUGGUAGAAUUGCUGCGGUGGGCGCAGCUGCCUUAAAGAGACAGUACCCACGAUAGGGGUAACUAACCUGUAUAAAGGGGGAAGGCGCCCUUGCUGGGGAGCAGCGGAGGAGAACACUGGAGGGGAAGUGCCUUUCUACUUGAGGUGCAAGGACUGGUUAUGAAUCCUCCCAGCCUGAUGAAGUCACCCCUGCCUUGGCCAAUGAUGUAGCAGGGAGAAGGGUUUUGUCUCACAGCACACUGACCUCACUUCCUCCUGAACUUCAGGGCUUCAAGAGUGACUGGAAACAUGGAGCAGGAGUGCCUGGCUCUUGUCGCUGCCUGCGUCCAGACCUCCCAACUGCUCAUCCAGCAGUGGAUGCUCAACAGGCGCACCGUGAUUUUCGCCAUAGUGAGGAUUCUGCAACGGAGGCGUUUCCGCCGGUCGGCAGCCGUGCUGAGGCGUAUCCUCUCGGCCAGCGUCCGGCGCAAGAGGGCCUUGCUGCGCCUUCACCGGAACGCUAUCGUCUCGGUGGUCACCAUGGUGUACUCGUCUUCACCUGCACUGCACUAUGAACAUGAGCUGAUGGCCUUGUCAGAGCGAUCGCACUGGAUGCUUCCAAGAUGCAGUGAAUGGUGGGAGCGGAUGAUCUCUUCUGAGCAGGAUGACAAGUGCUGGAUUUCUUUGUUCCGAAUGUCACGUUCCACACUGAUGUACAUCGCUGAGGAGCUGCGCCCUGCCCUGCAGCGUCGAGACACUGGUAUGCGGUCGCACAUCCCUGUGGAGAAAAGGGUCGCCAUGACCAUCUGGAAGCUCGCUCACCACGACAGUUACAAGACCGUUUCGGAGCUGUUUGGGGUGGGGAUUUCAUCUGCAUGCUCGAUAUUCGAAGAGGUAUGUGAAGAAAUCAAUAGCAGGCUGUUGGCCAAGACGAUCGAGCUGGGGGGCCCCCAGGCAGUCAUGGAGGGCUUCAAGGAGAUGGGCUUCCCCAACUGCCUUGGAGCCAUUGAUGCAAUACACAUCUCUAUCCUCUGCCCCCCGUUCUCUGCUGACUCCUACAUCAACUGCAAGGGUUUCUAUUCCAUGGUGCUGCAGGCCCUGGUGGACAGUAAAUCCCGUUUCACCGACAUCUACGUUGGCUUUCCUGAACGGUCCCACGACUCCCGCAUCCUGCACAACUCUCCGUUUUUCAACAGCAUGGAUGAGGGCACUUUUGGGCCACAAACAGCCACCAUGCUGGAGGGUGUUUCGAUGACCCCUGUCAUCAUUGGGGAUGCUGCCUACCCACUUCGCCCCUGGCUGAUGAAGCCAUACCCUGCGCCAAAAACCACAGCACAGGAGCAAUUCAACGAAAGGCUUGCCAAGUGCCGAGCGUGUGUGGAGAGGGCUUUCGGGGUCCUGAGAGCACGCUGGAGAUGCUUGCAGAUGAGGCUGGAUGUGAGGGAGAAGCUUAUUCCGGUUGUCAUAGCCACAUGUUGUAUCCUGCACAACAUCUGUGAAAUCAAAGGCGAUGAAUUGCUGGAGCCCCUGGAAAGCCCAGCAGCUGCCGAAAACCAGAAUGCUUCGGCCAGGCCAAGGGUGCCCUUAUCUGAGGCUGGACUGACCAAGAGAGCGUGCCAGAUCAGGGCUGCUUAUUGCUCCUAUUUUGAAAAGAAUCCUCUGUGAAAGGAGGGGUUCAUUGGCCCUUGUAACUCUUCAGUGGGUGUGAAUGCCCCAUGUGCAGUGGAUGUACCAUGUCAUACCAAAGUCUACUGUGUGGUACAUUGUCUUAUACAUGUCUAAUAAAAAGAUUACAGUUUUGAAUAA